CCUCUUCGUCCUAGACUCCGCUCAAUUCCCUCCGGGACCUAGGCCUUCUUGCUGGAAACUUACUGGACAUGGAGAUCGAUCUGUCGAAUGCUAAAAAGGCCGAUCAAAUAACAUGGAGCUCUGGCGAUCCAGAUUUACUCGGCCACGCCCGGGGUUAUAGCUGUUCUUUCUGUAAAAGAGGAUUCUCUAAUGCUCAGGCACUGGGAGGCCACAUGAACAUCCACAGAAAAGAUAGGGCAAAGCUCAAAGAAUUCGCGGGCCGCGACAACAAUAUUUUUUCAUUGGACGUCACAGAGCGGGAUGCUUCAGCUCCGGCUCCGGCUUCGGCACCUAAUCCUAAUCCACCCUCUCCUUCCGUAGAAUUUCAUGAUACAGUGAUGCAACUUGAACUUUCUGGAGAUGAAAGAAGUUGCCCCCCAACAACUACAAGGGCUUCUACUUCACCAAAUCAUCAAGAAAUUUAUCAUGAUUAUACUGGGAAUGAUCAGCUGCAACUAUCCUUAUUCGCUGAGACAUCCUCAUCAAACAACAACGAAGUGGAAAGCAAUCCAUUUAACAGGCAGUCGAGUCAUGGCGAAUCAUUCAAAGAAUUAGACCUCGAGCUUCGACUUGGCCCAGAACCUCACCAGGCAUCAAAAAGGGGAUGAUCCCUUUGUCGAAAGAGGAAGGGAAAAAAAAGCUAUAUAUGAUGCCAAGGGUUCAUUAAAGAGGUCUACUUGCCGUUCUAUCUGAUCAAACCUCUGAUUAAUUUUACCAUGCGCUUGUGUAAUGAUAUCGUCGUUAAGAAGACUAUGCUGUUCACAUUAGUUCUACGACUGCAGGCCCGAAACAUUUGUGGAGCAGAAGUGUGUGAUCUAUAGAGUAUCGCCAUAGACACACGAUUAGGUUAGUGCUCUCCGGUUUCAUGUAGACUCAGAAUUGUUCGUAAUUUGAGUUUAUUUGUUCGUUUACUACAUUUUAUUCCUUGCUAUCAUUGCAUUAAUUAUUGUGGUUUU